UAGAGAAAAACCCUAAUUAAUGUCGUGCGGUUCUGUACAUAUCUAGAGCCACACACCAAGCAAUCAGAUGGUGUCACGUCACCGUUCUGACCUGAUUAGUCAGUUAUACCCCCGAAAAGGCGUCACCUGAUUGGCUGCAAAUGACGGUUGUACUAACCUUAGCACAGCACCGUAAAGGGCAAGAACCACUUGUCUCCCUGGAUGACGCAGUCCCAUCCCACCCUCCCAAAUUUAGACCACAACCCGACAAAAACACCCUCGACCCUACCAUCGUCUUCGAUCAGACGGCAGCCCUGUGGGAGUCUUACACGAAGCCUGCGGACGAUAUUCUCUCAUUGGAGAUGGAGAUGGUGGAUGUUACAUGUUUUAAGGAUUAAUUUAUGUAUUAAAACUGUUUUUAAUGUGGUUUUUGUUACUUUUGAGAUGCUGUUUUCGCCUGAUUACUGUGCAGAUUUAGCGUCGAGACUACCAUGUAUGUAGCUAGAGGAGGAUGAAAACAUUCUUGUAGGUUGAUUCGGACAUAGGUACGAGUAUUGCAUGCUUAAUUUGAAGGACAGAUCAGGGGCUAAUCUUAGUGACAGUCGUAACAAUGAUCUGACCCAAUCUAAUGUCUUCCAGAGUGUUUUUUUGCAAAGUUUUGAGCCUUAAUAUGUACAGGUUAGAUUGACACAAGCACUGUUCACUCCAAUCUUUGCUUUGUAUACAUGUCCCCAGAAGCAGCUUCUUCUACAAUGGAUCGAGUUAAGAAUAUGGAGGAAGAAUGAAGAGGCAGUCCUCGACCUCUUGUGAAAUUAUUGAAGGGAUGAUAUAGUUUUAAGAGCAUCAUUUUGGAGGUGGGACGUUGUCAUAAUGUCAUGGGAAAGUUCAACUUCAGUUGCUACUGAUGAACUCAAGUAGGAUGAAUGAGCAUAAAAUCUUGAAACAGAGUUAACUCUUAAUUAAGCAGCAUAUAUAGGGUCUUGUCUUGUGCUUAAUUGGCUGCUUGUUUCUCUGUCUCAGUGGCCUUUGUUAAAUGCAUUAUCUAGUUUGUUGAUUUUGCUCUAUUCAAUUAUAUUGUACUGUAUAGAUAGGCUUCUAAAUUUGAAGAAAAUUGAAAUUUGAUUAGUCAUUGGUUGGCUUGGCUGGUUGCAUUUAAUGAAUAAGAACAAUUUUG